AUGUUCUCCUCGCUGCUGCGCCGCCCAAGCCACGGCUCCCGUCGCGUCGACCUGCGCGAGCCGAGCCUCUCGCCCUCGUCCCGCCCCGGCGCCCGUCGACGAUAUGGCGGACGCACGCACGCCACGGCCGACUUUACAGAGGCCGAUGACGAUGACGAAGACUCCAACGAGGAGCGCGUGCUGCGCUUCGAAGAGGGCGGCGACGAUGAUGCGCAGGACGAGGACGGGGACGGGGACGGCGAUGGCGACGACGCGGACGAGGAUGGCAGGACGGGCAAGGCGCUGCCCGUCUUGCCGCUCUUCUCUGCCACGCAUCUCGACUCGCUGCCCAUCUACAGCAUCACGCAUGCCAUCCGCAUCAUAGUCUCGGCGCGAACUGAGACGACGCUUACAUGGGAGCAGCUGCGCUCGCCCCAGGUCUCCCAAUUCCUCGUCAAGCCCAUGCAGCAGCAGAUUCGCACCCAGCACUUCUCCCGCGCGACUCUAUACGCCCUCAUGGCCAACUGCCUCCAGUUCACAAAGGAGGGGCAGCGAUACGCCGCCAACGCCGGCAUCAGCAACACCCGGUCCAAGGUCUGCGAGCUGCUCGCGCUCAAGCUGCUCAAGGAGUACACCACGAGGGAGCUCAUUGACGCCCUGGCGUAUGACUUUUAUCCUCUCCAGGGGCUGCCGGGAGCGCAGUCACCCAUACCCGCUGGUGGCCGGCCCAACUCCAAGUCGAAGCAAGCGAUGACGGCCUCGAGGACUUCCACGCUCGAGGUUGCCAUUCGCGCCUCUGCCAAGCACUUCCUCGCACAUCCCGUGGUGAUUCAGCAGCUGGAGGCUGUCUGGAAUGGUGCCAUCACCUUUUACUCCGCGGCGGAUAGUCUGCACCGGGAGGCCCCGCCAGGUUCCAUCCAGGGUAUGAAUGGCGAUGCCCGCCAGGCGAAUGACCGGACUCCGCUGCUCGGAUCUCUGCCUCCCAAGCCAGGACAUUUCCAUGUGCCCCCAGGGAGAAGGACUGUGAUGCUCUAUGAUCCCCGCCAGGCCUCCAUGCUCAAGCUGUCGCGCCUGCGUGUCCCGCGGUAUAGGUCGUUUCUGUCUACCUUGUCUCUUGCGGUCUUGAUCGGCCUCUUCCUGGCGGUUCUCUCGCAGAGAUCAGUGCAGAUAACAGGACUCGAGCUGGUCUUCUGGUUCUGGAGCGCCGGAUUCAUGCUGGAUGAACUCGUUGGUUUCAACGAACAGGGCUUCGCCCUAUACAUCAUGAGCUUUUGGAACAUCUUUGACCUGGGGAUCCUUGUCUUGCUGAUCGCGUACUACUGCAUGCGCGCCUAUGGCGUCUUUCUGGUUGACCCGCACCACUGGAACGACAUGGCGUACGAUGUCCUGGCCGCCAAUGCCAUCCUCCUCCUGCCGCGGAUCUUUAGCAUCCUGGACCAUUACCAAUACUUCUCUCAGCUCUUGAUUGCCUUCCGCCUUAUGGCCGUGGACUUGGCUGCCGUGUUUGUGCUGGUUCUCAUCAUGUGCAGCGGAUUCUAUGUCUUCUUCACCCUUUCGCAGAGCGCCAACAGCGGCAGCGACGUGGCCUACAAGAUCUUCCAGAUCCUCAUGGGCUUUACUCCUGCCGCGUGGGACGUGUGGCCACAGUACAAUUGGCUUGCUCGGAUCCUGAUGAUGAUGUUUCUGAUUAUUUGUCACUUCUUGGUCGUGACUAUUCUCAUCACCGUUUUGACCAAUUCCUUCAUGACGAUUGCGUCAAAUGCCACCGAGGAACAUCAGUUCCUAUUUGCCAUCAACACCAUAUCCAUGGUCAAGAACGAUGCGCUGUUCUCGUACAUUGCACCCAGCAACAUCUUCGCCUGGCUUCUGAUGCCCUUGCGGUAUUUUAUGCCCUUGAGACACUUCGUCUGGCUUAACCGCACCAUCAUCAAGGUCACUCACUUCCCCGUCCUCUUCUUCAUCUACUUGUACGAGAGGUUCUGGCUGGCGCCGUCCAUGUUUGAGCCUACGGACCUGGUCGAGAACCACGGGAGGAGCCGCCCGAGGACAAUCUCGUUUCGUGACCCGGUCGAGAGGACGGCCAUGUUCAGCCCCAACGUUCGGGUCCGGGAGGAGUCCGUGGCGGGUUUCCACAAGGACCGGGCCUUGGAAGAAGUCUUUCGACGCAUGCCUGAAUCGUCCACCCUGCGUACACAAAGGAGGAACGAGCGUCGCAAGACGCAAACUGCCAUUCGCAACUGGAUGGACCAACACGAUGACGACGGGAUGCCGCUGUCAAAUUGGCCCACCGUGGACAGCAGAGCAGUGCCGGACUGGCAGAAGCGCCUCAGCGUGGCGUGGGACCGAUCGUCGCAUCGGCAGGUCUCUGAUGUCAGAUCAACUGCGAGCGAUCCUGCCGACUUGCUCUCAAACCAAGGGGCGUCGUUCGCGCGCCGCCGGUCCAACUUGGACGUUGUGGCACCGGAUUACAAGGAUCACACGGACGCGGACGGCGACGACGAACUGGUGACGAACGAUGAGGACGAGGAUGACGCUGUGACCAACGCCGGCCGCAGCAACCAGUUUGAGAAGCACGGAAUCGAGGAGGAAGAUUACUUUACGACACCAAUGGCGGCGCGGUCGGCGAAGCUGGCUUCUUCGCACGGCUCGUCGGCCAAGGGAAUUCCCAGCCCUCGACCGGGCAACAGGCGCGGCAUGCAUGGCCGCACGCUCUCGACGAACACGAUCCUCUACAACCCGGAGGAGAUGGCCCAAGCCGCCCCGCCCGCCACCAAGUCGCCGCCGAAAGCUGCCCCGGCGAAGAAGCUUGGGCCGAGCGGCCGAGGUACCGGCGGCGCAGCGUCGCCCGCUCAGGCAAGUCGUCGGACUUCGCCUCGCCGAAUGGCGCAAAUUCCUAGCUCGCACCCGCGUCCGAUUCUUCCACCGCCUGGUCUCUCACAGACUGGUGGCGUGAGCAGGACGGCGAUGCUCAGCCUCGACCCCCGCGACCGCCUGCGCGAUGCCAGAAGGCUCUCAUCUAUCGACCUGAGUGUUCUCUCGGACCAGUUUGCCCCGGAAGACGCCAAUGCCGGAAUGGCGGGGAGCUUUCAGACGCAGAUGGCCAUGGCGAUGAUGAAAGACAACCGACUGCGGGCUGCGGGUGGGGUGGACGUUGCCGAUCGCGAUAGGAUGGGGAGGUUGGUUCUGGCUCGCAUGAAGACGCUGGAGGAGAGCUUCGCCGAUGUCAUCAAGGAGAUGCGAGACCUCAAGAACAGCUCCACGGGCCCCCACACGACGCGCAACUCGUCGGCCGAAGAGGCGAGGGCCACGGGCAUCGACAGCGGCGAUUAUGACCGCGUGCGGAGGACCAAGGGCGACGCGGCGCUCAGGAGACCGCACCAAAGCCGCCCGGUCAGCCGACGAAGCAUGAAAGAAGGCAAAGUCGGCAUGGGCCUGCGGCGAGACGCCAGGGCCAAGGGCAAAGAGAUUGUAUACGCGACCACGGACGACGAAGGCGAGGCGGACGACGGCCUGGGAGCCAAGGGGAGCUCCAUGUAA